UUUCCGGGAUGUUCCUUCUGUGCGCUAGUUUUUCUUGCUCUCUCUAGACGCGUGUCAGUCGGGAGGGGCAACCGGUCGACAGGUCCGCGGUGUGGAGGAAGCACAACAUCACCAUAUGGACACAACCUCCGAGGAACUAAACGACAUUUUAAACUUUAACACAGGCGCGCCUCCGCCGCCUCAAAGUUGAACAGGGCGCGUUUUCCUCCUCGCGUUUGAAAGCGGUGAGGCGUUCGCGGACACUCCGGGAAGUUAUCUUAUCCGCAGCAGUUCGCUGGUUACAUCAAGGUCUGUCCGUGUGAAUGUCCACGUUGAACAAAGUGCAAGGUUCCCUCACAGCUUAGAUAUGAGCUGCGCGCGGCUGUAGUCACCACUGCUCCUCACUUUCCCUCUGCAGCCGACUUAAAUGUGCCCUUUUGCUGUUUCUUUUUUGUUUUGUUGUAUAAACUAGUUUUAUUUUGACACCGAACAUGUUGCUCGGAGUAAUACGAAGACAUGGUGGUGUCGGGGCGAGCGUCGGGGUUCGGUCCCUGGCCUCCAUCCCCUCGCUGCCCCCGGCGGUGGCUGAUUUUGUGAAGAGAGCUGUGGAUGAGUGCAAGCCCGCCGGUGUGCAUGUUGUGACGGGGACACCCGAGGAAGCGGCCAACAUCCUGGCCGGCAUGGAGAACGACGGGAUGGUCAAGAAGCUUCCCAAAUAUGAGAACUGUUGGUUGGCGCGUACAGACCCAAAGGACGUGGCUCGGGUGGAAAGCAAGACUGUGAUUGUGACCAAGAACCAGAGGGACACCAUCCCCAUCCCGGCUGGAGGGGUGAAGAGCCAGCUGGGCAGCUGGAUGAGCGAGUCUGACUGGCAGACAGCCAGAAGGGGGCGUUUCCCGGGUUGCAUGGCCGGUCGGACCAUGUAUGUGAUUCCCUUCAGUAUGGGUCCUGUAGGCUCGCCUCUGACUAAAUAUGGUGUCCAGGUGACCGACUCGCCGUACGUUGUGGCCAGUAUGGGGAUCAUGACUCGUAUGGGCACACCUGUGCUGAACAAACUGUCCGAAGGGGAGGAGUUUGUCCGCUGUCAGCACUCCGUGGGGCGACCCUUACCACUCAAAGCCCCUCUGGUCAACUCGUGGCCCUGCAACCCGGAGCAGGUGCUGAUCUCUCACCUGCCGGACACCAGGCAGAUCAUGUCCUUCGGCAGUGGCUAUGGAGGGAACUCUCUCCUGGGGAAGAAGUGCUUCGCCCUCCGCAUCGCCUCGCGCAUCGCCAAGGAUGAAGGCUGGCUGGCCGAACACAUGCUGAUUUUGGGCAUUACCAACCCUAAGGGAGUGAAGCGUUAUGUAGCGGCGGCCUUCCCCAGUGCCUGUGGUAAAACCAACUUGGCCAUGAUGAAACCAGCUCUGCCAGGCUGGAAGGUUGAGUGUGUGGGCGACGACAUUGCGUGGAUGAAGUUCGAUGGCCAAGGGAAACUGAGGGCCAUCAACCCGGAGAACGGUUUCUUCGGCGUGGCUCCCGGCACCUCGGACAAGACUAACCCUUACGCCAUGGCCACCAUUGUCAGAAACACCAUGUUCACCAACGUGGGCGAGACCAGCGACGGAGGAGUGUGGUGGGAGGGCCUCGCCCCCCCUGCAGCCGGGGUCACGCUCAAAGACUGGCACGGAAAAACCUGGCAGCAAGGAAGUGCGACUCAGUGUGCCCACCCCAAUUCCCGCUUCUGUGCCCCGGCGGCUCAGUGUCCCAUCAUUGACCCCCAGUGGGAGAGUGAGGAGGGCGUUCCCAUUGACGCCAUCAUCUUCGGUGGCAGGAGGCCGGAAGGGGUCCCUCUGGUGUACGAGUCUUUCAAUUGGCAACACGGAGUCUUUAUUGGAGCCUCCAUGAGGUCUGAAGCCACGGCAGCUGCUGAACAUAAAGGCAAGAUGAUCAUGCACGACCCCUUCGCCAUGCGGCCGUUCUUCGGUUACAACUUUGGCGACUACCUCGCUCACUGGCUGAGCAUGGAGAGCCGAAAGGCGCCCACUCACCUGCCCAAGAUCUUCCACGUCAACUGGUUCAGAAAGGACCCCGCGACCGGCGCCUUCCUCUGGCCCGGCUUUGGCGAGAACGCCCGCGCCCUGGAGUGGAUCUUCAAGCGCUGCAGCCGGGAGAGGGAGGACGAGGCGGCCAAGAAGAGUAUUAUCGGCUGGCUGCCAGAAGAUGGCGCCAUCGACACUAAAGGUCUGAGCAGCGACGUGGAUAUGGGCGCCCUGUUCGACGUGCCCAAGUCUUUCUGGCAGAACGAGACGAAGGAGUUAAGAGCCUACUUCACCCAGCAAGUUGGAGCGGAUCUGCCAGCUCAGGUGGAGGCUGAGCUGAAGGCACUGGAGCGCCGAGUGCACAAUUAAAACCCUACGGACAGGAAGUCCAGCCAGACAGGGCGGUUGUCACUGAUGACUCAGGAUUCAGAUCGUUAGGGUGCACUCAAGAGUCACUUGCUGGGUUUACAUACACAGAGAACUUGGUUCUGUCCCUGCAGUUUUGGUUUUAUCAACGUGAACACAAACGCUGAGAUUGGAGAACCAGGUUGAGAUUUCCCUGUGGUUGCGAAACACCCCACUCCUCUUUUGGUUUUCACAAAUCACAUGGGAUAUGUACGGAAAUGCAGGGAUAAGAGCGUUCUAGUACUCGCUCCUCAGUCAAAGAUGCUUUAUGCGUUUUUUACAAUGAUCGGAUUAAUAAACUCUGUGUGUGAAAACGCAACCAGUGAAUCUCGUCUUUCUCUUUUUAAGAAGAGAAAUCUGUUCGGAAUGAAAAUGUCAGCGAUAAAAAGCUAAUGAUCUACAACACAACAACUUUGGACAUGACUUCCCACUAACACCACUGGUGAGAGAGGCUGGUGAUGGAGAGGGAGGUUUGUCUCAACAUGAAGGUUAAAUUUCUUUGAGGUUGUCAAACCUAUUCUACAAAGAAGCUAAUGUCACUACCUCCAUUCACUCACCAGACCGGGCAUUGUACUAAAACACAAUCAGCACGGCUUUGUGGUACCUUUCGAGGUGUUUAACAAUACAACGUCUGGGCUGCUAAUGUUACAGGCUGAAGCCCAAAGAUCUAAAAAAUAUUUCUCCUAAAGCUUUUAAGUGAAUUUUAGCACCAGAUCUUUUAAUACACUAUUGACCGAGUCUCAGGAAAUGCCCUCUCUGUUUUGAAUUAAGCUUUAUAUUCAAAUGAAUUUAUAUCAGAAGACGGCAAAACAAGUACCCAAAACAUUGUACCCGUUUUCCAGUGGGAAUUACUAUGCAUAUUUAAUUUUGCCGCUUAUGUAAUGUUUGUGAUUUCAGGUGAUGUUUACACACAAUUUGUGAAAUGUUGGACCAAUAACUGAGAUUAAUAGGAAAUUGUAGAAGUCGUAUAUGGUUUUUAUUACGAUGCAACAAAUAAAUGUCUUCAAA